UUGAACUCUGAACUCGUGUUGCCAAGUUGUUAAACUGUCUGGCAGUGUGUCAAGAAUCUCAGUUGAAAGUUGACUUCCUGGACAGACAGACAGACAGACAGUCACCCUGCUGCUAGUGGAGGACAGAGAGGACUAAUAUCACACUACAUUAGCUUAGCUGUUAGCCUACAACUAUAGCUUACAUAGUUCACCAGCUACUGCUGGUAGUGAGAGGACGAGAGAAACGCACCUGUCGGACGGUUAUCACUCAUGUGUUGUCGGUAGUUAACAUGUCGGAUCAGCUCCAGCCGGCUUUCCCAACAACCCAACAACAACAACAACAACAACAACAACAGCAGGCUAACCUGAACUCUGCUCCUUUCCCUCAGUGUCUGGUGAAACCUCUAAACAAUCCUCUGCAGAUCAAACCUGUAAACAAUCCUCUGCAGAUCAAGAGAACCGUGAUCACAGACGACUACAGGGUCACCAGUCAGGUGCUCGGGAUGGGGAUCAACGGCAGAGUGCUCGAGAUAUUCCACAAAGACAGUGGAGACAAGUAUGCAGUAAAGAUGCUGCAGGAUUGUCCGGAGGCCAGACGGGAGGUUGAGCUCCACUGGAGGGUGUCACCUUGUCCCCACAUUGUACCCAUCAUAGAUGUUUAUGAGAACCUCUACCAGGGCAGGAAGUGCCUCCUCAUCGUGAUGGAGUGCAUGGAUGGAGGUGAAUUAUUCAGUCAUAUCCAAGACAGAGGGAACCAUGCAUUUACAGAAAGAGAGGCCUCUGACAUCAUGAAAAGUAUAGGAGAAGCCACACAUUUCUUGCAUUCCAUCAACAUCGCUCACAGAGACAUCAAGCCAGAGAACCUGCUGUACACCUCCAAAAGGCCCGAUGCCAGCCUCAAGCUGACAGAUUUCGGGUUCGCCAAAGAAAUCACCACCUUAAACUCUCUAGCAACACCGUGUUUUACACCAUACUAUGUUGCUCCAGAAGUCCUUGGCCCAGAGAAAUAUGACAGAUCGUGUGACAUGUGGUCUCUGGGUGUCAUUAUGUAUAUUUUACUUUGUGGAUAUCCUCCCUUUUUCUCAUAUCACGGUCUAGCGAUAUCCCCGGGAAUGAAAAGACGGAUCCGUAAUGGACAAUAUGAGUUCCCCAACCAAGAGUGGUGCGAUGUGUCUGAGGAAGCCAAGCAGCUAAUCUGCGGUUUACUGAAAACCGAGCCCACCCAGAGAAUGAACAUCACCGAGUUCAUAAACCAUCCCUGGAUUAAUUCAGUGGAGGUCCCGCAAACGCCUCUUCACACCAGCCGCGUGCUGCACGAGGAACAAGAUGUCUGGGAGCAGGUUAAGGAGGAAAUGACAAAUGCCCUGCAAACGAUGAGAGUGGACUAUGAUCAAAUUAAAAUCAAAACCAUUGAAGACUCAACUAAUCCUCUACUCUUGAAGAGAAGAAAGAAAAGUAAAAACUCAGCCAAACAACUCCCAGGCUAGUGAAUUAAAGGUGUUUUUAAUAGGUAUUCAGUUUCACACAAACACAUGCAUACGAUUUUGUAGGAAAAAAAAGCUUUCAAUGAGAGCUUUGGGGAUAAAGUGCAUUGCCAAGUGUGUCUAAAACCUUUUAUAGUAUAUUUGUAGCUUAAUUAUUUCUUUCUGUUUACCUCAGCUGAUUUUAACACUUUAGAUGCACCUAUGGGCAUUUUGGUAAUGUGCUUUAAGAACUCUUUCUAUGCACUGAGGCUUAUUCAGAAAUCCUCUCAUUAGAGGAAACAAAAAUGUACUGUAUGUGUUGUAUAUUAGGACAGUUUAUUAUAUUGAUGUACAUAUUUGAGUGAGCUUUGUUGGCGUCAACUGACGGUUUUCAGGUUGUUUUCUGUAAGUUUUUCUGUUGUGUUGUGGGUGUGGUUGAGAUAGUUGAAUGAACGUUACCAGAAACCACAACUUUUGUUUUGUAUGCUGACAUGAUGUCACAAGUAUUUCUCCUUACCACAAUAUAGGAGUUUUAUUGCCACAUUGUGGUUGUGUGGAGUAUCUAAAACGUAUUUACUAUGUAUAGCAAUAAUCGCGCUUGCUAUGCUCAUGAGACGGAAACUGUGCUGCCAACUACGGUUGCUUCUGUAGCUUCUCCAGAGCAGCACAAUAAAAGUAGUUGCAUGAGGUCUGUUGUGUGAGGCGUGGAAAGAAAAGUGGUGACGAGUUGUUAAAGGGGUGACGAGAUGUGGAAAAUGUUCACCAUUAUUAUGUCUGCUUUUUAAUCUGGAUUAAAUCUCUUGACAUUCUC